AUGAAGUUUGGUGAACACUUGCGUAAGGCGCUUAUAAAGAACUACUCGUUCUAUUACAUCGACUAUGACGAUCUCAAGCACCAGUUGAAGAAACACUUGAAGGAGAAUGACUAUGAGUGGACAGAUGAGUUUGAGGAGGAGUUCGUGGCUGCGUUGGAGGACGAAUUGGAUAAGGUGUACUCGUUUACGAAGGUGAAGAACACUGAAGUGAACAGGAGAAUUGAGCUGGCGGAAAAGUACGUUUAUGAAGUGGUGGAUGCGUUGCAGAACCCUAACAGCAAGACGAAGAAGCCGCUGGAGCAGGACUUUGACGACUUGGAGGAGGAUCUUUCUGAUAUUAUUGCUGACGUGCACGAUUUGGCUAAGUUCACCAGACUCAAUUACACUGGGUUCCAGAAGAUCUUGAAGAAGCACGAUAAGACCACUUCGUAUAGCUUGAAGCCGAUUUUCCAGGUCCGUUUGAACGCUAAGCCUUUCUUUAAGGAUAACUACGAUAAGUUGAUUGUGAAGUUGUCGAAAUUGUACGAUUUGGUUAGAACCAGAGGUAACCCUGUCAAAGGUGACUCUUCUGCUGGUGGUACGCAACAGAAUUUCGUCAGACAAACCACCAAGUACUGGGUCCACCCAGAUAAUAUCACUGAAUUGAAGUUGAUCAUCUUGAAGCACUUGCCUGUGUUGGUUUUCAAUGCUGAAAAGGAGUUUGAAGCUGAGGAUUCGGCUAUUACCUCGAUUUACUUUGAUAACAAGGACAUGGACUUGUACUAUGGUCGUUUGCGUAAGGAUGAAGGUGCUGAAGCUAUACGAUUGCGUUGGUACGGUGGCAUGAAGAGCGACCAGAUCUUCGUGGAGAGAAAGACCCACAGAGAGGACUGGACUGGUGAAAAGUCUGUCAAGGCUCGUUUCGCCUUGAAGGAAAAGAAGGUUAAUUCUUUCCUCAAGGGUGAAUACACUGCUACCCAAGCUUUCGAGAAGAUGAGAAACGAGGGCAAGAAGUCCACCAAGGAAAUUAACAACUUGGAGCUGCUUGCUAAGGAAGUCCAGUACUCCGUCUUGAAGCACAAGUACAGACCUGUGAUGCGUUCUUUCUACAACAGAACUGCUUUCCAGCUUCCAGGUGAUGCUCGUGUUCGUAUUUCUCUUGAUACCGAAUUGUCCAUGGUCCGUGAGGAUAACUUUGACGGUUACGACAGAACCCAUGGUAACUGGAGAAGAAUGGAUAUCGGUGUGGACUGGCCAUUCUCCCAACUUCCAGAAAGAGAUAUUUGCAGAUUCCCAUACGCUGUCUUGGAAGUGAAGUUGCAGACCCAGAUGGGCCAGGAGCCUCCAAUGUGGGUCAGAGACUUGGUGUCCAGUCACUUGGUAGAGGCUGUUCCUAAGUACUCUAAGUUCAUCCAUGGCGGUGCUACGUUGUUGACGGACAGGGUCAACUUGUUGCCAUUCUGGUGGCCACAGAUGGAUGUUGAUAUUCGUAAACCUCGUAUCCAGCAGGGCUACGGUAUCUCUAGACAACAGCAGAAGCCCAAGUCUUCUUCAUCUGGCGGUGAGCUCGACGAAGAAGAGAUGUUGCUGGAGGAGCUUAACAGAUACUCUUCAGUGCACUUUUCCAACGAUACCAACCCAUUAGAGGAGGACUUGGACGAGAACUCGCCUUUACUUUUACCUUCCAGCUACACUGCCAGAAACGAUUCCCCAGUCUCGAACUUCUUCAGAUACCUCUGGGCCAAGUUCUUGCACGUCUUCAAUGACGACCGUACAUUCACGAUCAAGCCCGGCACCGACUUUGACAUUAAUUCAACAUUUGCAUCUAAGUUGCCCAAGGGUAAGAAGAUCUGUGUGCCAAUCAGAAUUGAACCAAAGGUCUACUUUGCUGCCGAAAGAACCUUCUUGGCCUGGCUUUCUAUUGGUAUGAUUCUCGGUGCUACUGCAACUGCAUUGCUCAACUAUGGUGACAAGUCUUCCAUUGUCGCUGCCGUUGGCUUCUUCAUUACCGCAUUGUUCACCUUGACUUACUCGAUCAUCAAAUACAUUGGCAGAACGUUAGCCAUCAGAGAGAAGAAGAUUGCCCAAUACUCAGACAAGUUUGGACCAAACAUGAUCUGUUUCUUUAUUGCCGCAGCUACUUUCUCGACCUUCUUCUUUAAAUUCUCCGAAGUUUAA